AUGAGCUCGCUGCUGCUGGGAACCAUUUUGACACUGAGUGGCUCAACAAUCUUGAUUUGCUUGUCUAGCAUAACUUAUAUUGCAUAUGAUAUCAACAAGUUCUACAACCUUAUACUCAUCGCGGAAGCAGUUACCGCACAGAUGGGACCUUUACCUUACCAUCACGAACGAGGCAAGAGACGAAGCCUUUCAUCAUCUCAAUGUACAUGCAACGAUUCGCCAGUGAGCUGCCCUGCAGGUCCACCAGGUCCUCCAGGAUCCCCGGGUUCACCGGGCGCCGAUGGCAAAAGAGGACAGAAAGGAGACGCGGGAAUUGGCUACGGGAAGCGCACUAUGAGCAUAGCCAAUGGAUGUAUUAUAUGCCCACCGGGUCCGCCGGGGCCAGCUGGAUCACCCGGCUAUGAGGGAGAUCAGGGACCACCUGGGAAGCCAGGCAUACGUGGACCAGUGGGA